GACCGGUCAAUGUUUGAAGUUUACUGCUGUUGACACAUAGCCCUAGUAGGAAAUCUCCUAACUCUCGCAUUGCAUCGACUCAGAAUGUGGACAAGAUCACUCUGUCAGUUUUUGUCCCUUCACUGUUUACCUGAUGUCACAGCCCUCCGAGUUCGAAUCUUUUCCAGACUUCUCGCAGCUGCUCAAUGAACCUCCACCUUGCUUUCGUCAGAACCUGAACGUGACCCGUUUCCAACUACCUGGUGUGGCUUCAUCGGCCGUGAUGCCUGUGGUUUUAUUUCCACGUUUCAACCCUCCUCUUCGACCUCCUCCACGUCAAUUUUCCUACCGCAGAUGGUUCACCUGGGUCUUUCGUACCGGCGAUAAUUCUAUACCGUCACCUUUCGAUGUUGAUAGAGAACAGUGCUAUUCCUUACAUGCAGCCACCGACAUGGAAUCCCCUCGGUUUUCCUAUGAGGAAAUCUUCAUGUUAAUACGAUCAGCACCGUCAUAUCCGUCUGAGAUCAUGGUAUACAAGAUUACCGCUGACACCAUCGUCAAAGUGCACGUGUCCGCCGAUGAAGUCGUUACAGAAGCGCUCAACUUGAGCAUGAUAAAGACUAUGACCACUAUUCCUGUUCCUGAGGUGAUAGAAGUAGUUGUCAAUACAAAAAAUGCCGUGCACUACUUGGUCAUGGAGUACCUCGACGGUCAGACGCUAGACAGUUGUUGGAAUAGUCUUACACUCUUCUCCAAGCUUCGCAUUGCCUGGAUCCUGCGCAGUUACGUUGCUCAGCUUCGCCGUCUGCGGAGAACUGUUCCAGGGACUCUCGAUGGUACCUCGUGCACGGGACCACUCUUCACCGAUUAUGGCGCUGGCCCAUUCGUAUCUUACGAUCAUUUGACGGCAUGGUUUAACCACAAGCUUGACGUAUCUCAGCGGAUGAAGAAAGCGCCUCUUGAUGCUCCCCGAUUCGACAACUUCUCGCCGGUGGUCUUCACACACCAGGACUUGUGUCCCAGGAACAUUUUGUUGGGGCGCGACGGCAAAUUGUAUGUGCUGGAUUGGCAUAAAUCUGGGUUUUACCCUGCUUGGUUUGAGUACGCCGGCAUGGUCCCUGACUACCACCUCAAGUCACCAUUAUGGGAUCUUCUGGUUCCUUGGAUCUCACACACUGUUUCUAUUCGUACACGAAAGCGCAUAGCUGAGUACAAGAGAAACAUUGGGUGGGCACUCACGAUAGGCGCUCUCAUGUAGUACUUGAUAUGAGCACUACGAAGUGGGAAGGAUCAAUAUCAAGUACUACCAUGAACAAAAAUGAGUAAAACGGCUCAGUACUGUACUUUCUUACUUCUGGCCAUAGGACGUGGAUAGGUUUUAGCGGUGACAAGGAGGGUG